AUGUCUCGAGCCAGUAUAGAAAUACCUGUAGAAAUAUCUUGGUCAAAGCCAUUUGAUUAUUACAAUGGAAAUGCUACCAUCACCACGCGCACCGAUAAGUACAAAUGGAGCAGAAAGAUGGUCAAAGUUCAUUUUCGGGAGGAUGCCAAUCAGGCUAUUAUAGAUGCGAAGAUGAGAGGGAAAUUCACUGGUGAAUAUGGCGCCAGUUGGGAGGUUGUAACUGCAAAGGCUAGCGUUGAAUAUGAGCUUUCCGUGGACAUCACGAACACCGUGAACAGCGUCACAAGGGAUGAGGUCAAGGAGGAAAUUGAAGAGAGCGGCGUCGCCGUGUUAGAAGGCACUCGUGCGGACUGUCUCCCGAUUACAGUUACCGAUGUUCUGUCUGGCCCCCGUAGAUAUCGGCUUCCCUUUGGCGUUCUUUGUCUCUCUAGCCGAGCACUGUCUGAGGGCGAGGUGCUAUGUCGAUGGGGAGGCAGGGAUCGGGUUGCCGAUCGAGGUCUUUCAUAUCGACGGGCUGCAGGAGAUGAAGCCCAUCGAGCAAUCGGAGGUGGGAAAGCUGGACGUAUAUAG